CUGAGCCUGUGGAUUGGCUCUGUCGUGCACGGCAGUAGGGAGCAGUAUUCAUCUGGUGGCUGUGCAGGGCUGAGUGGGGGAGCUUUAUACAGUUCUCACAGACAAGGCCAAGGUGAGUUCUUUAGCAGAGCAGAGUGAGGGCGAGAAGAUGGAGCAAAGGGAGAGAGAUGAUUUGCAGAGUCUGCAGGAUCUUGCCUAAGCACCGUCAGGAAGAGGGCGAAUCUCACCGGUGCUGCCGAGUUGACCCUACUCUUUGCCCCCUGGAUUAUUGUAUGUCAGGGUUUUCAUAUUGAGGUGCAAUCAGGCGUUGUAGUAACUACAAAAUGGCAGGAGAUUCUCGAAUCCUCCCCAACAAGGACAUGGACAUUCAGGCAACAAUAAGAGAAGCUAAGAAGUUGCCGAAACAAGCACGUGACAGUGUGUUAGCCACAGACAGGACCAGGCUCCUCACCGAGCCAAAGAAACUCAAGCAGAGGUACGUUGACAAGGAUGGGAAAUGUAACGUCCAUCAUGGGAAUGUGCAGGAGACCUAUCGAUACUUCAGUGACCUGUUCACCACUCUGGUGGAUCUCAAGUGGCGGUUUAACCUCUUAAUCUUCACCUUGGUCUUUACUGUUACCUGGCUAUUCUUUGGCUUCAUUUGGUGGUUGAUAGCCUAUAUCCGAGGAGAUUUGGACCAUCUGGGAGACCCAACAUGGACCCCGUGUGUGGAUAAUUUGAAUGGGUUUGUGUCAGCCUUUUUGUUUUCAAUCGAAACUGAAACAACUAUUGGCUACGGACACAGAGUUAUAACAGAGAAGUGCCCGGAAGGGAUUAUCUUGCUCUUGAUCCAGGCAAUCUUGGGAUCCAUUGUUAACGCCCUAAUGGUAGGGUGUAUGUUUGUGAAGAUCUCUCAGCCAAAGAACCGGGCUGAGACGCUGAUGUUUUCGCACCGCGCAGUGAUCUCCAUCCGAGACGAGAAGCUGUGUCUCAUGUUCCGAGUUGGAGAUCUUCGCAACUCGCACAUUGUGGAGGCUUCCAUUCGAGCCAAGCUCAUCAAAUCCAGACAGACCAAAGAGGGCGAGUUCAUCCCCCUGAACCAGACUGACAUCAAUGUGGGCUUUGACACUGGAGAUGAUCGCCUCUUCCUGGUGUCCCCACUGAUCAUUUCUCAUGAAAUAAACGAGAAAAGCCCUUUCUGGGAGAUGAACCGAAGUCAGCUGGAGCAGGAAGACUUUGAGAUUGUUGUGAUCCUUGAAGGCAUGGUGGAAGCAACAGGAAUGACCUGUCAGGCCAGAAGCUCGUACUCAGAAUCCGAAGUUCUUUGGGGACAUCGGUUCACUCCAGUGCUAACUCUUGAGAAGGAUUUCUAUGAAGUAGAUUACAACAGCUUCCAUGAGACUUAUGAAACCAACACCCCGAGCUGCAGUGCUAAAGAAUUGGCUGACAUGCUGAGGGCAGGCCGAGCUUUGGCCGAGAUAGCUUUGCCAAACCUGCCCAAUGAGGUGGCAGCCAACAAUACUGGUGAAGAGGAAGAAGACUUUAAAGCAAAUAGCCCCAUGGCCAAAGCAGAGGAGUCAGAACCUUUCUCCCCAGCUGAAGACUCAGAAUACUGCACAGGGUUCUCAGCUCAAUUUAUACAAGGCCUUGAAGAAGCACAGAAACUCUAGGGUAGCCUGUGCGGUUCAUCCAGUUGCUGCUGUCUGUUAAACAAGUGAUUAACCAUGUAAGCAGGACUGAAUUUGAGAUAUGUAAAGGAGAUUCUCAGUAUUAGCCCCUGGUGUUCAGUGUGGAUCAGAGUUAGAGGGCUGGUAUCAUUUGUAUAUAAAA